CGAUGCAAUAAGAAAAUAGGAAACUGUUGUCGAAGAAGAAGAAGAAGAAGAAGAAGAAGAAGAAGUAGGAAACUGAAUCUUUUCGGUCCAACGACUCAUCAUUCCUCGAGAUGGAAACCGAGUCACCCUCACCCUCACCUGACUCUCACUCUCACAGCACUUCCGAUCCCGAAACCCUAACAACUGGAAUCGAAAAUUUGACAAUUUCCUCGGACCCUUUAACCACUCAGUUUGGAUCCCUCAAUGAUCUUGCUCACGAUCUUUCCUCCCUUCAAGAUCUCGCCACUCGCGGUUCAUGGCGUUCAAUUUUAGAUAAGGUUGCCCGAGCACGAGCUCUCUCCCUGCUCCAGAAGCCCCAUGACCACCUCACUUACCUAUCCUACAAUGUCCUUGCCCUCGUCAAACUCCGCCGUUUCGCCGAAGCCUUGGCGGAACUUGAUUCUCUCGAAGAUCUCAAUAGCUCUCAAUACAGGUAUGAAUCCUAUCCUAGCGUGUACCCUAAUCGAACCGGCUCCAUGGUUCCUUUUUCACUUCGGUGGCUGCACGCGCUAAUCCCCAUCAAAAUGGGUGAGCGUCAAGAUGGGUUGGAUCGGUUCUACGAACUUCUGGAUUUUGUACAGUCAAAAUUAAAGGAUAAAGAGGAGAAAAAGCCCGAUGUCUCUGUGAACUUGUGGAAGAAAAGGGAAGUGUUUGUGAUUAAUUGUAUUAUUGGUCAUCAUUUAAGUAACAAGGAGUUUGGGGUUUGUUUAACUUUGAUCAAUAAUUUGUUAAGUGAGGAUUUCUCAGAUCCUGCUCUGAUAUCGAAACUUGGGUAUAUACAAAUGCACGCUGGUGAUAUUGAAGGAGCUAAACGUUCGUUUAAUCGGAUUGAGGAGUUGGUUAAAGAGGGGAAAAGUAGUGGGUCAUUAAGCGAAGUAGAGAUUAAGAACCUUGUGAAUAGGAACAAGGCGUUGGUGUUUUUGGUGGGUAAGGACUAUCUAUCAGCUGUGAGGGAAUAUGAGGAGUGUAUUGAGAGGGAUAAUUCGGACAUGGUGGCUAUUAACAAUAAGGCUCUUUGCUUGAUGUACUUGCGAGAUUUAGCAGAUUCGAUUAAGGUGCUUGAAAAUGCACUGGAAAGAGUUCCGACUGUGGCUCUCAAUGAGACAGUGAUCGUGAAUCUGUGUAGUAUGUAUGAAUUGGCUUAUGUCAAUCACUCUGAGAUUAAGAGAACGCUCAAUAACUGGAUUGCCCGUGUUGCUCCUGAUGAUUUUGAUUCUUCGAGUACCCGAAUUUAAGUUUGUGUGUAUGAUUUUGGUAUUACAAUACCUUAUGCAUCCGUGCCCCCACAUUUUUAACCCAUGUGGGUUUUGAGUUUUAUCCCUUGUAUCAAAAUCUAUUCCUCUUUAUUGGGUGUCACCUGAAAUUCAUCAUGAUACUGGUUCUCAUUCA